CACACACACACACACUCCUUCUUUCUCUCAGCAUCAGUCUCUCGUUUCUCCUCCUCUGCCAAACAUCACUUCUUCAGCUCCAGAUUCUGUAAAACCCCGAAACCUUGUCUAAUGUCUGAUCAGGAGGAAGUAAUGGAGGAGUACGACGAAGAGGUUGAAGAGGAAGAAGAAGCUCCAGAAGAGGAAGAGCAGCCUGCUGAAGACCAGGACCAUCAAGAGGAGGAGGAGGAGGAGCAGAAGGAGGAGCAAGAAGCAAACGGUGGAGAACCCGGUGAAGAAGAAGAAGAAGAAGAAGAUGGAGACGAAGAAGAAGCCAAACCAAAAUUCAAGCCGUUCAUCAUGCCUAACCUCAUUCCUCCUAAAAUCCCAGACGGAGAGAAGGUUGAUUUUGAUGACAUCCAUCGUAAGAGGAUGGAGAAGGACCUGAUGGAGCUGCAGACGCUGAUCGAGGUUCACUUUGACAGCAGGAAGAAGGAGGAGGAGGAGCUGAUUCACCUCAAAGAAAGAAUUGAGAAGCGUCGUUCCGAGCGAGCAGAGCAGCAGCGAAUCCGCAGCGAGAGAGAGAAGGAGCGACAAAAGAGACUGGAAGAUGAGCGAGCUCGUAAAGAGGAGGAGGAGGCAAAGAGACGCGCUGAGGACGAUGCUAAGAAAAAGAAAACCCUGACCAGUCUGCACUUCGGAGGAUACAUGCAGAAGCUGACAGAGAAACGCAGCGGGAAGAGACAGACGGAGAGGGAGAAGAAGAAGAAGAUCCUGGGUGAUCGUCGUAAAUCUCUGGACAUUGAGAACGUUGGCUCGGACAAACUCAGGGAAAAGGCUCAGGAGAUGUGGCAGUGGAUGCACCAGCUGGAGGCUGAGAAGUUCGACCUGCAGUAUCAGUUCACCAGGCAGAAAUAUGAGAUCAACGUGCUAAGAAACCGAGUCAGUGACCAUCUGAAAACAACCAAAAGAACAAAGCGAGGCCUGAGGAAGUAAAGCACCACUCCUCAAACUUCCAACAGCACUGGAUCGGCCCCAAAACCCCACCCAGACCCUUUUACAGCCCAGGCUCUGCUUCAAGCCACACCCAGAGGCUUCGACAGCCCCGGACCUCCAGACCCUCCCUCUGCACCAAACACGCCCUGUCCCACCCUUUUCUCACAGCCUUUGAUUUACACUAGCGUAUGUGUGUAAAAGUGUCAAUAAAGUCUGAUUAAAAAUG